AUGAACGGCCCAAUCGUCGCCACGCCACCGUACUACUACGAUGUUAACAACAUCACCGAGGGCCGAGUUCCUUUCCAACAAGAGGACGAUAUCAACCCAUUUGAGUAUCGACUCGGGGUAGAUACAAUGCACAAAAUCUUUGGUUUUCCAAUUGUGAAAGAGCCUGAUAAUGGAACAACUCCUCAGGCCCCUGUGCGAACACUCUUCGACACAAAACCCGACCUUUCUCGUUGGAAGACGCCACCCGCCCUGGGAAUCAGAGAUAUGUCACCCUCUUUCUAG